AUGGAACCCCUACACAAUGAAGAGAAGAUUUAUCAGCUAAAUAACAGCCUACUACAGAACUACAGAAAAGAAGAAGAAUUCUGGAAACAACGUAGCAGACAGUUGUGGCUAACACUAGGGGAUUCAAAUACGGCUUAUUUUCACGCAACAACUAAGGCGAGGCAAGCAAGGAAUAGGCUAUCAAGAUGCAGAAGGACACCAACUACAGAGGAGAUCAAAGAAGCUACCUUCUCCAUACACCCCGACAAGGCACCAGGGCCAGACGGAUUCUCGGCCAGCUUCUUCCAAGCUAACUGGGAUGUCAUCGGACCAGCAGUUGUCCAAGAAAUCAAAGGCUUCUUCGAAACUGGAUACCUCCGAGCCUCGCAAAAUGAAACACACGUAAGGUUAAUACCCAAACAUACGGGAGCUAAAGAAGUAGGAGACUACAGACCCAUAGCCCUAUGUAACGUGUUCUUCAAGAUAAUUUCGAAGAUGCUAUCAUUGAGACUACAGCCGGUACUACAAGAGAUAAUUUCUGAGAACCAGUCAGCGUUCACAGCAGGAAGGGCAAUCUCAGACAAUGUUCUUAUAACACAUGAGGUCCUACACUACCUAAAGAUGUCUCAGGCUCAAGUAAGAUGCACUAUGGAGGUUAAGACAGACAUGUCUAAGGCAUACGAUAGGGUAGAGUGGAGUUUCCUAACUCAAGUAAUGCAACGGAUGAGGUUUCACAGCAUUUGGAUCAACUGGAUAAAACAAUGCAUAGCUACGGUUUCCUACUCCUAUCUCAUUAACGACACAUCUCAAGGUUCAGUUAUACCGCAAAGGGGAAUAAGACAGGGAGAUCCCCUGUCCGCCUAUCUAUUUAUUUUAUGCGGUGAGGUACUAUCAGGGCUAUGUACAAGAGCAAAGGAAAGAGGAACCUUACGUGGGAUAAAAGUUGCCAGAAAUUGCCCGGAGGUGAAUCAUCUGCUGUUCGCAGAUGAUACAAUGUUCUUCUGCCAAGCGACAAAAGAGAACUGCAUCACCCUCAAAGCAAUCCUCCUACAAUAUGAAGAAGCCUCUGGUCAGAGAAUAAACAAGGACAAAUCAUCCAUCACGUUCUCAACAAAAACACCAAAGGAGAAAAGAGACAUGGUAAAAGAGAUGAUGGAGAUUCAAAAAGAAGGAGGGUCAGGGAAAUACCUAGGACUGCCGGAGCACUUUGGCAGGAGGAAACGAGAUUUGUUUACUUCAAUAGUAGAUCGCAUUAGACAAAGAGCAGCUACCAGGUCCACAAGAUUCCUCUCUAAAGCCGGAAAACUCACGAUGCUGAAGUCAGUACUCACGCCCAUACCAGUCUAUUCAAUGUCAUGUUUUGAGCUACCUGCAAGCUUGUGCAAACGUAUACAGUCAGUGUUGACUCGAUACUGGUGGGAUGAUUCGGAAGAAAAGAAGAAGAUGUGCUGGGUAAGCUGGGAUAAGAUGACAAAAACAAAGGCAGAGGGAGGAUUGGGAUUCAGAGACAUACAUCUAUUCAAUCAGGCCCUACUCGCAAAACAGACAUGGAGAAUCAUCACAAAGCCCAAUUGUCUACUGGCUAGAAUCCUACUAGGUAAGUACUGCCAUAAGCAAUCAAUCCUAAACGUAGAAGCCCCAUCAGCGUGCUCACACGGCUGGAGAAGCAUUCUACAUGGAAGAGAUCUACUGAAAGGGUACCUAGGAAAAGCUAUAGGAAACGGGCAGACAACCCGAGUUUGGCAAGACUCAUGGAUCUCUUUGACGGAACAAGUGAAACCAUAUGGUCCUAUCCCUGAGGCAGACCUAGACCUAACAGUCGCUGACCUACUAACAGAUGAUAUGCAAUGGAACACUAAAAGAGUCAAAGAGAUAUUACCUCUCUUCGAGGAGCAGAUACUACGCAUCCAACCAAGCCAAGCAGGAACAGAAGAUAUCAUCAUCUGGCAGCCAUCGAGCUCAGGCAUAUACUCUACGAAAUCAGGCUACUCAGUAGCCUCCAGAGCCAGAAGCCACAUCAUAGAAGCAGAGACUUUCGAUUGGAUCAAAGACGUCUGGUCUAGCCACUGCUCCCCAAAGAUGAAAGUAUUCACGUGGUCUAUCAUCCAACGAGCACUACCACUGGGCGAUAACCUACAAAACAGAGGUAUAAAGGCACAAGAAAAGUGUAUCAGAUGCAAUGAACUAGAGACAACAAAGCACAUCUUCUUCGAGUGCCCUUUUGCUAAGGAAGUGUGGAAAAGAAUACCGAUUGAGAAGGAAGUCAUCAUAACCUCAUCAAUGGAUUUCAAAGACGCCGUGAUCGCCUUCGGAAAAAGCAUAUGUCUUCCCCCGUCAGGUAUAACUUCUCCAAUUCUGGCGUGGAUAUGUUGGUCACUCUGGAUCGCUAGGAACAACCAGAUCUUCAAGAAGCGACUUCUAACACAAGAAGAAGUAGCCACAAAAGGGAUUCGAUUAGCAAGGGAAUGGAGCUCAGCCCAAUCACCGAAGAUUAAAGGAAACAAAGGCUUACCGAGAGACCAUCUACACAAGACAAGCAGAGUGAGGGAUCCUCGAACCCUAAUCUGCAGAACAGAUGCAUCUUGGGAUAAAUCAACAGGCAAGGCAGGGUUGGCUUGGAUCAUAUCGGAAGGGACAAGCAACAUCAAGAAGCAAGGAGCUACUACUCAGGAGUUCGUCGCAUCACCUCUCGUCGCAGAAGCCUUGGCUCUCCGACUUGGAAUCAUCGCAGCAGGGAAUCUCGAUCUCCAAAAGAUCAUGAUGCUCUCUGACAACCAAACGCUCAUCAGAGCAAUCAACAACGGCAUGCAGAUCAAAGAAAUCUAUGGAAUCGUCAAGGAUAUCCAGCAAAUUUCUUCUGCUUUCACCGAUAUCUCUUUCUGUUUUCUCCCCCGUCUGGAAAUCUAUGGAAUCGUCAUUAGGACGACACGCGCCUCUUCCGCCUCAACUUGA